ACCACCUCCUCCUCAUCCAACCCACCCAACUCGACAUCCACCAUGCCCGAAGGAACCAUGAAAGCGCUCUGGUACAGCGAGCCUCAAAAGUUCGACAUCCGGGAGGUACCCAUCCCCAAGUGCGGCGACGACGAUCUUCUCCUCAAGGUCACCCUCUGCGGUGUCUGUGGAACCGACGCGCACAUCCACGACGGCGAGUUUAUCGCAACCUUCCCCCUCAUCCCCGGACAUGAAGCGAUCGGGCGCAUUGUCGAGAUGGGCAAGAACGUAAAGCCUACGGACUUUGCGAUCGGCGACCGCAUCGUCGCGGACGUGGGCACCUCUUGCAACAACUGCUUCUACUGCAGGCGAGGCCAGGCCGUCCUCUGCGAGAACUUCAACGCGCGCGGCGUCACCCAGGACGGCGGCUUCGCGGAGUACAUCGUCUACCACCAGAGCAAGUGCUACAAGAUCCACAACCUCACCGACGAGGAGUCCACGCUUCUCGAGCCCGCGGCAUGUGCCAUCCACGGCCUCGACAAGCUCAAUCCGCCAGUGGGCAUUGACGUGCUCCUGCUCGGCGCGGGUCCGACCGGCUUGAUCCUCGCUCAGCUGCUGAAGCUGAACGGCGCUCACCGCGUCACCAUCGCCGCGAACAAGGGUAUCAAGAUGGACAUCGCCAAGAAGCUGAACGCCGCCGACGAGUACAUCGAGCUCGACAGGACAAACCCCGCCGCGCAGUGGGAGCAGCUGAAGAAGGACAACCCUUACGGGUUCGACGUCGUCGUCGAGGCCACCGGCGUCGAGAAGCUCGCGCAGGACAGCAUCAACUACGUCCGCCGCGGCGGAACGAUCAUGAUCUACGGUGUGUACGAGAACAAGGCGCAGAUCCACUGGCCGCCGUCCAAGAUCUUCUCGGACGAGAUCAAGAUCAUUGGCUCGUUCUCGCAGGCGUUCUGUUUCCCUCGUGCAGUGGCAUACCUGGACGGUGGCAAGGUCAACGUCAAGGGCAUGGUCACGGAUGUCUUCCCGCUGGCAGACUACCAGGGUGCGCUGGACAAGAUGAGCAGCCGUGGCGCGCUCAAGAUCGCGAUCAAGCCCUGAGGCUCUGAACCGCACACGGGUUGAAGUUGUGAACGGCAGGGGCGCCGUACUGUACGUAUAGAAAGCCGAGCACGUAUUGUAUCGUUAUGUCGACGACGUUUUCUGAAAUGCAAAUAUACCCUCGAGCAAUGUUC